CACUCAUUACUCCAAAAUCCAAAUCUCACCAAAAAGAACAUCCAUCUUUACGUUCAAACAUAUCACUCCCUUCCCUUUGUAUAUCCAGUGAAAAGAAAAGACAAGUAAUCCAAGUAUAUAUAAAGUGUUAAUAAAUGGAUUCAAUCAACAUAAAGAUGGUGAAAGCAAACGCGAUUUCAAGGUAUCGCCGGGUGGAGACUUUGUUUCGCGUGGUGGAGCUUCUCGUCGUCGCGAUCGUCGUCUCAAGGUUUUCGACGAAGCUUUCGGGGGAAUAUUUCCGCAAAAUCUCCGUCGCUCUCAUCAGCCCCCGCUCCGUUUUCCUCGUCGGAAACGCGAUCGUCCUCGUCUUGUUUUUCAAGUCCGGGCGAUUUUCGGGCAACGAUUUCUACGACGAGUACGUCGAGAAAUGUCGGAAGAAUGAGGGUUUUCAUGAUUACAAAGCAAUUCCUACGAAGAUGUGUAGGAGCAGCUCCGACAAGUUGGUGGUGCAUGGUGGCCCCGAGCUGAGGCGGAGCAUGACGGAGGACUGCCGGCGCCGGCGCAAGGCGGAGGAGAUGAGCAGCGAAGAGUUCCGGCGGACGGUGGAGGCGUUCAUCGCCAGGCAGCAGAGGUUUUUGAGGGAAGAAGAUUGAAAUCUUUAUCUUCUCCUUUCUCGUGUAUUAAUUAGCAUCUUUUUAAAGGGCUCUUUUUUGCCCCUUUUAAUACUAAUUUUAUAGUUGAAACAAUGGAUCGAUUAAAAUAGGUAGAUGCUGUUUCACCAUGAAAAUAUAUGGCUUUAGAUCACAACUUCAUCUUCUCUAUUUUGGGUGAAGUGGAGUGGAGUGGAGUGUGUAAUUCCAUGUUCCACAUUGUUCAUUACAAACUAUAAAUAUUACAAAUAUUUUAUGAAAUUUGGUCUUAUAUGUGUAUAUUGAA